CUCUUUCAUUUCUUGGUCUUGGCCAUCACAUCAUCACAACAAAGCAGAAUGUUUUUGACAAGAUCAGAGUAUGACAGAGGUGUGAACACCUUCUCACCCGAAGGUAGACUGUUCCAAGUAGAAUAUGCAAUCGAAGCAAUCAAAUUAGGAAGUACAACGAUCGGAAUUGCAACAAAAGAAGGUGUUGUACUAGGAGUGGAGAAAAGAGUACAAUCAAAGCUAUUAGAAGCAACUUCAAUCGAAAAGAUUAUGGAAAUUGAUACCCAUUUAGGAUGUGCAAUGAGUGGUUUAACAGCAGAUGCUCGUACUAUGAUCGAACAUGCUCGUGUCACAAGUCAAAAUCAUGCUUUCACUUAUGAUGAAGAAAUCAAGGUUUCUAGUGUCACACAGGCUGUUUGUGAUCUAGCGUUACGAUUCGGAGAGUCCACAGAAGAUGAUGAGGCAAUGAUGUCGCGGCCUUUCGGUGUCGCUCUCUUGAUCGCCGGAAUUGAUGAAAAAGGACCUCAGCUUUACCAUGCCGAUCCUUCUGGAACGUUUGUACGUUAUGAAGCAAAAGCAAUCGGAAGUGGAUCGGAAGGCGCUCAAGGAGAACUGCAAGAAAAGUACAAAAAGGAUAUGUCACUACAUGAAGCAAGCCUGCUUACCCUUCGCGUUUUGAAACAAGUCAUGGAAGAGAAAUUGGAUGAGAAGAACGUUCAAUUGGGCAUCGUCACUCCACGUACAGCAAAAGAUGGUCGUGAAAGUGGUCAAUUCCGCAUCUUGCCAGAAAACGAAUUAAAGGCUCUCGUAGAUGCCAUGUAAAUUAAUCAGCUGUAAUAGAUGCUAUGUAUUGUGUCAUUCAUCCCAAU